ACAAAUAACAGCAUUCUGCCCAGAGCGUAUUUAGACAUUGUAUGAUUCUCAAAGCAUUAUUAUUACCUUAAGCAGCAUUAACCAAGUGAUCUUUCAAAUGGAGAUGGGUUGUGUUUCCUUUGAAGUAGUAAAAGAAGUUUUAAAUAUUAUUUACAUGAGCUUUGACUUCAAAGGAUUGGGGGGGAAAUACUGAUGAUAGCUAACAUGCCAAAAUGUGUGAAAAAUACUUAUGGUAAUAAAUUGUAGUAAAUUAUACUCAUAGAAGUUCAGAGAACUGCAUUCAGUUAGAACAACCAACUUUUGCAAGAUAAUAUUUAAAAAUGGAUAAUUUAAUUUUUUAUACCACUAUAUACAUCCUUUGGCAUUACUCUUGUACAAACAACAACUUGCACUCUUUGAAAUUGGUAUCUGAGUUAAUCUCUCAUUUCUCCUCAGCCAGCCUGAGACAUUUCUAAAUGUUGUUAGAAGACAAGAAUAUAAAAUGCAAGAUUGUGAGUGGUACUAUUAAAAAAUAAAAGUCUGCUGAGGCAACACAAUAUUUUUAAGGCUGGAUGCACCAUAAGUGAAAAGAGCACCCUAAUAAAAACUACUUUGUUAAAAGUCUUGCAACUUAAGUGAGGAAUUUUAAAAUACAUAAACAAGCCACAGACUAAAGUAAAAUCAUAACUGACCUGCACUGUCAUUCAUACUUGUGUCAAAAGAUGUGUGUUGGUUAUAUGUGUAUUUCCACUGUGUUCAUCAUGAACGGAUUCCCGUAUUCAAUCCAGAAAUAAAUAUUUUCAGAACAUGUUUUGCUUUUAGUUGGUUGGGUGGUAGAGAUGCUAUUUUAGAAUGAAAGUUCAAGUCAGCCACAACUCCUUUUAAUACAAAAAUUAGCAUUCCAGAAACACAUCACUUUAUUCUUUCUUUGAUGUUUCUUGACUACAAAGUUACAUUGGGUUGAAUGAGAAAUUAAAUGAAUUGGUAGAAUGUGGGAUCAAGCAGUCAUGUAUGUUUAAAGGCACUUUCUGAGGACACACAAAAGGACUAAGCUAAGUCACAAAAAGUGUUAUUCAAAGAAGCCAGUAUCACAGCCAAUAUUUUAACUACAGUCCUCCACUAAAGUCCUGAAGUCCUGUUCUACACUCUAAGUUUAUCCAUGACAAGCUUUGUUUUUCAUAGGUUACUUUAAUAAUCCUUAAACAGGUGUUUAAGUCACACACUAUUUAAUGACAGAAUUACCAUGGAUAAUGGAUUAGGAAGAAUAUUAAAACUGUCUUGGCUUGUUUUGAGGUACAACCCCAGAAUGUGACUGAAGGCAAACUAUGAAAAUUCCUUGACAGGACAGCCUAUUUAGGCCUGAGGUUUAAAGACCAGACCUCUUAUACAUAAAGCAGAAGAUCCAACCAGUACUCAAUGUGAAUAAUUAAAUGGGAAGUGUGUGGAAUUAAGAGAUGAUGGCCUAUUUUGAGGGACUAUAGCAGCAUAUGCCUGGAAAGAUUGAGAAAAAUCACAAACAGCAUUAGUCAGGACAGUGGUCUCCAGGGCAAGAUUUUAACUUCAGACAUGCUAAUGUCUAGACUGCAACAUUUAGUAUCUUCAUAGGGCUGAUAAUCUAAUGGUCAGAGAUAAAUAAUAAGAUUAGAGGCACUAAAACUGAAACCAUGCAGAGCAGUUUAUCACAAGCAGUUAUUAUAAUCUAACUGUGUAAGCAGUUUCAUCCUACAUGUACAGCCACAUACACAUAACAUGCUAUAGACUGUGAUCAUAUGAUAACAACUGCUCUGCCCAUUUAAUAAAUCAAUUUGUAAUAAAGCAGGAGUAGAGUGCUUUAUAUCAGCAGAUGAGUGGUGGAAAGACAACCAAUUCCCUACUCCACCCAUCACAAAGAACUAAUCAAUCUAAAAUUAUGACACUGUGUGUUUAGCUUCAGUGUAUUAAAGUCCCUUGACAAAUAUAAUGAAAUUAUUAAACCUCACAGAAGCAAAUUGUUUGAAAAAAUAAUUUUACAAACAUUUACUCUUACACUAUAUUCACUGGCACGCUCUGACAGAUGUGGAAUGUCAACCUAUUUGAACCACAACAGCUAUCACUAUAACUGCAAUACAUUACUGGAUGAAAGUGGAAAUAGUUUCUUAGUAGGGUCACAGGUAUUAUAGCAUAUUUGGAAAGAAGUUUUGUGAUAAUUUAAAUUAAUUCAAUGGAAAUCUUUGAAUUGAUUUCAUGCAGGUACUUUCAUACGAUAUCAUUAUGAGUACCAUGUAUAUGCAAAAUCAUAAGUAUUUGAUUCAUACAACAAAUUUUCUAAUCGGUUUCUUUCUACUUUAUGUGAUCAUAUCAACUGAUAAAGCUUUUGUACAUUAAACUUGAGUGGAUGAAUAGUUGUAAGUAUUCAAUAAUGCCACAGUCAAUGAAGAAAAAUAAAAUGAAUUCCAGAAUGUGGAGACAUUUCCAUCUUCUCGUAGUUUAUCUUGUUUACAUAACAAACCUCAUGCUGACAGAAGCAUUCCUAUCCUUUUGCAGAUAGUAUUUUCUUUAAAUGGGUAAUGCUCUCCGUACUAAUAUGCAAAUUAAAUCUAGUCAAAACAAUGAAAACCAAAUUCAUACAUACUAACUCUUAUUUUUUAGUUUCAGAUUCUUUGUAGUUCAAAUCUAUACCACCAACAAUCAAGUCACAUUACCAUGGUGUCAACAUGGCAAAUUACAUGACCUUCCACUUCCCACUAAUUUCAAUAUUGUUCCAAUAUUGAUUUGCUUCACAAUUCUCCAUUAUCUUUCACUCUUUGUGUUUUCAGUGCUUACCGCAUGCUGAGUAAGCAAAUGGAUUAAUACACCUGUAUCAAUCACACAGGGGAAAAGCCUACAAAGCAAACAAAGACUAGGCAGCUUCAAAGAGUGAGAGACCCAAAGGAUUAUAGCACCAACACUCACUUUAUCAUUGCCAUUACAACUAAUUAGUAUUUUUAGUAGGGGAAAUAAACAGGUGUCUGGGGAAAUAUUUUUGUGUCCUGAAACUCUGGUACAUUUCAGUACAGAGAUAUCAUUACUAUAAAACUGGCCAGCUAAGCUUGAACAGCUAUAACAUUUAGUGAACAUGUGAUGAAAUCAACAAAUUGUGGGCAGUACUGCUUGCAGAAACUGUUAAUCAACAUUAUGAAUCCUAUUUAAUUAAACAAUUUUUGAAGGAGUAACUCUAUGCAUAAACACGGUAAGAUUAGCAGCACGUAUGUUUAAAAACUAAAUGAAAAUACUAUUGGGAGUAAAUUAUAAUGCUUAUAGCAUUUAUUGCCUUGCAAUAUGACAAUUUUAUUACUUUAUAAUUCUUUAUUUUAGCUUUUGGUAUACUAUUUCAGAAAGUUUGUCUUCUCCAGUACAAUUUAAAUCAUCACUGUUUUAUCACAGAAAUAAAGUGUGCACUGUUAAAAAUGGGUAAUGCUGGUUUUGUGAAGUUCACAAGUGGAAUACUUAGAAGAAAAGAACAAUUCCUUUUUAAACAUGUUUAUGUUAAGUACAAUUCCCAAGAAAAACAUAACCUGGACUGCAAAUGAAACUACUGAAACAACAGGAAUUUCAAGGGGUUCAUGUUUUAUAGCAGGGGCAAUGCCUCUUCAAUAAAUUGUACAGGUGCCCUGGGAUAUGAAACACAGAGAAUUAUAAAAAGCCAUCAAGAAAAGUUCCUAUAGCUACUGAGACUCACUUCAAAUUGAACUUAAUUUAAAAUCUGUGCUAUGUGAACAAGUGACUUUCAACCUGAAUGUUUACAAUACAGAAGAAAAUAAUUUUGCUGUGAACAGUGGCAGACUACACCUAAAACGUCCUGAAAAAUACACUGCAAACAAAUGGCUGCCAAAUAAUGUAUUAUUCAUGGUGAUAAAUAUAUCAAAAUGCCUUGUGAACAUUUCAAUAACAUUAGUUCCAUAGAUAAAACACUUAACUCACACACAUUGUGGAGCAUCUUAGACUGUGCCCUUCUGGUGAUUAUUCUUUGCGGCAACACACUCACUAUUAUGGCAAUUCGAUGCAGCAGACGUCUCUCUAAUGUUAUGUCAAACCAUUUUGUUCUAAGCUUAGCAAUAUCUGACUUAGUUGUUGGACUCACUCUGCCAUAUCACAUUGCUUUCUACCUCUAUGAAGCACUUGGACAAGACAAGGAAAGGUGUAUUCUACGAUUUGUACUACUUGCUCUAGGAUGUACAGCCUCUGUGUGUAAUCUAAUCAUAAUAGCCGUUGACAGAUAUAUCUCCAUAGUCUACCCACUACACUACUGCAGAUUAAUAACACACAGGGUGGCCACAGUAAUGAUAGCUACAGGCUGGUGCACAGCUGUAGCACUGUCCACAAUGCCAAUUUAUUGGAAUAAUUGGUCAGCAAAUGAUGAAUGUGAAAUAGAACACGUCAUGGCACCAAACUACUUUGUUUACAUUAUGCUGCCAUUAUUUCUCCUACUAUGGGUGGCCAUGUUUGUAAUAUACUGGAAGAUAUGGCGAGAAGCAAUGAAUCAAGCACGCAGGUUACAAGAGACAAAUUAUCUCCAUGGAGGAGGUCCUUCCGAUUGGAAAUCCAGUCAGGUUGUGUUAUUGGUACUGGGCAGUUUUUCUGUGUGCUGGUUGCCAUAUAUGAUUAUAGCCUGCAUUAUACUGUCUGGGGUAUGUACCAGUGACAUCAGCAUUGGCUACAAAGCAGCAUUCUCAAUGGCAAUGGCCAAUUCAUGCAUGAAUCCAAUGAUCUAUGCCUGGAAGAACUCAGAAUUCCGUCAAGCUAUCAAAAGACUUCUUCACUGUCGUUCACCCAACAGAAUAUCUGUCACCCCAUCAUUCAUCUUAGCAAAUAAGAUUUCACUUCAGACAAUUGGCACAUAUACAGACGGCAGUGAACAGCAGACAACAAGUAACUGAUAUGCAAAUAUGUCACAAAAUAUCACAUCUCAUUAUUCUAUACCUGCUGGGACCUUAAAAAUCUAGGUCAGCAAAUUGUGUUAUGACAGACUGCUCAUUUAAUAUCAUCACACUAAGUUUUAAAUAAUGAAAUUAGCAACUAAACAAUUCAGAAAAAGUUAUAUUAAUGUUUCAAGGCUGGAUUUCUAAAGUCACUUUUGCACACAGAAGUUGUCUUGUGAAAACACCACUAAAUCACAUGAGAGAGAUACUGAACGUCAUUUAUGUGGGAAAAGUGUUUUAAAUCUUUACAAAAAUAAAACAUGAUAUUAAUGUCUCAUUGCAAAUACAUACAAAGAAGAAAAUGUCUGGGAUAAUUCAUUGGAUAUUAGUUUGUGAACAUCACAUAUUCAGUGCAAUUUGUCUGUAAUAUCUAUCAGUGGUAUCAUUAAUAUUCCUUCUGAUUUAAACCAAAGGUAAAUUUCAUUACAGCAUAUGUAACUGAUGGAAAACAUGCAUAAAAUCAAAAAAGUGUAAAUAAUUGAAUGUCCUGAUAAAAAAUAUUGAAGUACUUUGUUUUUGAACUUCUGAAUCUUAAUGCUGUAUUUAUGUAGAAUAGAAAUUACUAAUACU